AUGGCAAGUGAAAACAUCAGUAAUUUAACAAAUAACUUCGUUGUCGUUUGGCUAGACAGUACUAUUGAAAAGAUCAAAGAUAGUCAAAAUACAAAAGCACUUUUACGACGACUCGUUAGAGGUCAUUUAUUAACAUAUGAUGAUUCAGAUAAAUGUAUUGAUGACGUGACUGAUGAACCAGUAAAACGAAUAUUUCUUAUUGUUUCUAAUGCUUUUGGUCCAAAUGUUAUACCAGUUAUACAUGAAAUACCAUAUGUACAAGCAAUAUAUGUAUUUUGUGGUGAUCAAAAAAAAGCUCAAGCAUGGGCUGGACCAUAUUCAAAAAUUUCUGGUAUAUUUACAAAAAGACCAGCACUAUUACAUAAAAUUGGUAAUGAUGUUGGUGUUUGUAAUACAGAUGAAAAUUUACCAAUGAGUGUAUUUCAUCUUGCUGAACAACAAUAUACAUUACGAGAAUUAACUAAAGAAAGUAGAACAUUUAUGUGGUAUAGAUUAAUAUUGAUAGUUAUUCGAUUAAUGGCAAAAUAUGGUAAUUCAAAAACUGAAAUGAUCGCUGAAUCUCGAGCAAGUUAUUAUAAUGAUGUAACCGAACAAAAUAAAAUAAAUUAUUUUGAACAAAAUUAUUCUCCAACAAAAUCAUUUUGGUGGUAUACAAAUGAUAGUUUUGUAUAUCGAUUAUUAAACUUAGCCUUACGUACACAAAAUACUGAAAUUAUAUUUAAAUUUCGAUUUUUUAUUAAUGAUCUUCAUAAUCAAAUUGAACAACUUUAUCAUCGAUAUUUAGAAACUCAUUCUACUAUUAUUACUCAUCAUCAUUUAACAGUUUAUCGUGGUCAACGUUUAAGUAUGACAGAACUAGAUCUACUUAAAAGUAAUGAAAAAAAUCUUAUUUCAAUGAAUAGUUUCUUAAGUACUACAUUGGAUGAAGCAGUUGCUAAAAUUUUUGCUGAUACAAGUGAUCAAUUGAAUAAACCAUCACCAUUACAAUCUGUUCUUUUCAUAAUUGAUAUUUAUAAUAUGACUAAAGAUAUGACGCCAUUUGCAAUUAUAAAAGACUCUUCAUGUUCUUCAGAUAAUGAAGAUGAAGAAAAAGAAGUGCUUUUUUCAAUAGGUGCUAUUUUUAAAGUUCAAUCAGUCGAACAACAUGGCAAGAUGUGGCAUGUUCAUCUACAAUUAAGUAAAGAAGAAAAUGAAUUUAGUCAAAAGCUUUCGGAACACAUGAUGAAACAAAUUGGAUCAGAACCAGAUCCAUUAUGUUUCGGUUGGUUUCUUUUUCGAAUGAAUAAAUUUGAUGAAGCUGAACGUCAUGCAAAAUUAAUACUCACACAACUACCAUCGAACGAUAAAGGACGAGGAAAAGCUUAUAAUUUACUUGGCCUUAUUUAUAAUGCUACUCAUCAUCUAGAACAAUCUGUUGAAUAUUAUGGAAAAGCUCUUGAGAUUUAUUCUCAAUUGAAUUGUCACGAUAAUCCUCAAGUUAUAGCUAUUCAUUGUAAUCUUGGUUUGGUUCAUUUGGAAUUAGGAGAUAGUCGAAGUGCAGAAGAACAACAAAUACUAGCCGAAGAAAAGUUAUCUAAAUCCUCACAAUCAAAGAAUCCAUUACUUGAGGCUCAGGUGAAGAGUCUCAAAGCAAAAAUUGAAAAAGAAUAUGGUGAUAAUACAAAUGCUUUGAAAAAUCUUGAACAAGUUUUAAAGAGUAAAUUGGAACGAUUACCAUCAGUUCAUCCUUCAAUAGCAUCAACAUUGAAUACAAUUGGUCUUGUAUAUGAAAAUAUGGAAAAUUAUGUAAAAGCACUUGAAUAUUUUCAACAAGCAUUAGAAGUGGGUAAGAAAAGCUUACCACCCGAUCACUUGGAUUUAGUUGACUAUUAUACAAAUAUUGGUCGUAUUUAUGACAAACAAAAACAAUUUCCACUUGCUUUGCAACAAUUUCAAUCAGCAUUAAAAAUUAUGGACGAUUAUCCACGAGACGAUGUUGAUAGAAUUUCCAAACUAAAUACACAUAUAAAUGAUACAAAAAAGAAAUUACGUCAACCAUAA